AGAAAAUAAACACGUCGGAUCGGAUGGUACAUUGCAUAUUGUUCAGAGUCACGGGACCAAACUUGAUUUUGGAAAACUGCGAACUGGUUUAUCAUCUGUAUUAGUAGUACUACUUGCAUCGCUUGGUUAACUGUAGUCAGAUUGACGGCUUGAAGAUCUGUUUUACGUUUUGAGGUGAAAUUACAGCAACACAACCAACCAAAAUGUCUCUCUACCCAUCCCUGGAAGACAUGAAGGUAGACCAGAUGGCCAAGGCCCAGGUCCAGCACCAACAAGUUGCCCAGCACCAGUACCCGCAGCCACCAGCAGCUGCGAUAGCCCCCGCUGCCCCUGCAGCACCAGCACCAACACCAACCAGCUCUCUCUACCCGUCUCUGGAGGAGUACAUGGGGCUGAAUCUCUCCCCCGAGGUGGUGGCAGCUCACAUGCCUAAUGUACAGCAGGCUAUUGUUCCGAGACCAGCCGGAACCGUCGCCGUGGGAACAACCGACAUGGUCGCCCCGGUCACAGGAUCCCAGAAUGUCGGCCUGAGGAGGGCCAAUGUUACCAAUGGCGUGCGGGAGGUGUUGUUGUGCAAGGACCAGAAGGGAAAAAUUGGACUGCGGGUCCGAGCCAUCAGCAAGGGUGUCUUUGUUUCCUUUGUCCACGAUGGAUCGCCAGCGGCCAUGGGUGGUGUGAGGUUUGGCGACCAGGUCCUGCAGAUCAAUGGCGAGAAUUGUGCGGGCAUGACAUCCGACAAGGCCAUGAGUAAACUGCGGAAGGCAGCAGCCGAAAGGAUUGUCCUGGCUCUCCGGGACAGGCCAUUCGAGAGGACUAUUACCCUGCAGAAGGACAGCACCAACCACGUUGGCUUUGUGUUCAAGAACGGCAAGGUCACAGCCAUUGCCAAGGACACGUCGGCCGCCAGGAACGGCCUCCUGAUUGACCACGCCCUGCUGGAGGUCCAGGGCCAGAACGUCAUCGGCUUGAAGGACAAGGAAAUCUUGGAGAUCAUGGCCCAUGCAGGAAAGACAGUCACCCUGACCAUCAUGCCCAACUUCGUCUUUGAUCACAUGAUGAAGAACAUGGCCUCUUCUCUCGUGAAGGGAUCAAUGGACCACAGCAUACCAGAAGUCUAAGCAGCUGCAGUCCAUCGUGGGAUUGGAAUGGAGCAUAAGAUCCUUGGAAAUCUUAGAAAUACAAAAUACGUUUGUCGUAUCUGUAUAGAACUGAAUGCAAAUUGACAGGAAGCCAUCAUAUUAGGAAGUCAGUGAUUAUUCCAAAAAUAACUUCCCACUCUAAACACUCUUAACCUCUCUUAAGGUGAAUUUCUUAUCUUACAAGUAUGCCAUUACUAGCAAUUGUAUGUUAAUUGGUCAGUAGAAAGGAAUGUAUGUGUUUUAUUUUUUGCUGCAGCUUGAGAUGAUUUUUUUUAAGCAGUCCUACAGUAAGUUACAGAUUGUGUUUUAGCUUUUGGCUCCGCUAAAACGUUAAGUCCAUUUCUAGAGCAAGAAACAUGAUCACGCUGUGCUAUUGCCUUUUCUGCGAGAAAAUAUGCUAUUUUGUAAACUGUGUAAACGUGUGGUUGGGAUGAAGAGUAAAAUGAGAAAGGAGGUUGUUUUGUUUUAGGUGGGAGGGAAUUUUGAAAAAAAAGGUAUUUUGGAGAAGAAAUGAGAAUUUGAAUGUACAUUGAGAUAUGUAGAUAUUGAGUAAAUAAAAUAUGCGGGGAAACUGGGCUGGGAGUUCACUGUCAAGAGUCACAACAAAUUGAUGUCACGUUUCUUCUGCCAGCUUUGGAAGCCUUGUAAAGGAUGGAGUUUUUUUUUCAACUGAUGUCACCAAAUUUAAGAUUUAUUAACCAAUGGAUAUUAACAUUGUAUGUGUACUAAUAGAAUGUGUGUGUCAGUGGCGCUUUAAGAUUUGUAUCAACUCGGAGUAUUUUGAUUAAGCUGGCAUGCCUUAGAAAGUUGCUUGUAGUUUUGCAUUGAAAUUGUACAAUGAAAAAUUUGCCAUAUUUUAACAUUUUAUUAAGUGGAAGAGUGGUAAAGGCUUCUGCAAAACUCAUUCUGCCUUGACGUUGGGCACCCUGAAGACGAUAGAUUUUCAAAACCGAAGUAGAAAGCUUUUGUUACAGUUGAUUAAUACCUUUGUAUGUGUAAAGUUUUCACCUAUUUACCUCCCACAACAUUUUUCCAGGAUAGUAUAUCUUUAGAAGUGGUUGUCUUUGGUUGCAUUUAAUAUCCAGAAAUUUUUAAAUUCAUUUUAUGGUAUUGCUGUUGGAUUCAGACUAGACUUGAAAUAAAUUAACCCUUAAAAUCACUGUGGAAUGUACAUGUAUAGGAACUUGGAAAAAUGUACUUAUUUUCUGAUUGAUCUUCCCUACAAAGAAAAUGUGUCGAUGGAUUACAUGAAAACGUACAGGUUGUGUUAUUUUUAUUUGUCCUAUCAAAGCAGGCGAACAACUUGUAAAUAUUUACAAUAUAUAAAAAUGAGAGAUUGAUGAUCUACGACUUAAGUAAUGCAUUGAAAAUAAAGGUACAAAAAUACUACUCGAAA